AACUGCGUCUCUCAACGAACCAAGAAUCAACUUGUUGUGUCUUUCUCUCGCCUUCACUGCCUCUAUCGCCGCCGGCGAAACCAAUCGGUCUCUUUCUCUGUAUAAACUUAGUUAAUCGAGAAUGGUGAACCAAAGGCGCAGGCUUGCGCAGAAGCGAUACAAAGAAGCUCAUCCAGAGCUGUUUCCAAAAGCAGAACCAACGCCACCAAAGGACCCUGACAAGAAGAAGAAGAAGAAGAGCUUGUUUAAGAAAAAGAAACCUGGAUCCUCCACUGAUAGACCUCAGAGAAAAGGUUCUUCUACGAGGCAUCCUCUCCGAGUUCCUGGUAUGAAACCUGGAGAAGGCUGUUUUAUCUGUCACUCCAAAACCCAUAUUGCUAAGCUCUGCCCUGAAAAAGCUGAGUGGGAGAGAAACAAGAUAUGCUUGCAAUGUAGGAGAAGAGGGCAUAGUCUUAAAAACUGCCCAGACAAGAAAGAUGACAGCCUUGAGAAGAAGAUCUGUUACAAUUGUGGAGAUACUGGCCAUUCACUUUCUCAUUGUCCUUACCCUUUGGAAGAUGGAGGGACCAAAUUUGCAAGUUGUUUCAUAUGCAAGGGACAAGGGCACAUAAGCAAGAACUGUCCUCAAAACAAGCAUGGAAUCUACCCAAUGGGUGGGUGUUGUAAAGUAUGCGGGAGUGUGGCGCAUCUCGUCAAAGACUGUCCCGAUAAAGCUACCCAAGAGUCAGCCCAACCAAAGAGGAGUUCAAGAUUUGAUGCUACACCAAGAGGAAAGCUCACUAAGCUUAGUGGGGACGAUCUUGAGGACGAUUUCACUGAAGAGCCCAAAAGCAUCAAGAUCUCUGAUGAUUCAGAUGAGAAGAAGCCUAAAAAGAAACAAGGUCCAAAGAUUGUUAAUUUCGUUGGAUGAACACAAAAUGAAACCAGAGAGGAUCUAAAAGGGUCAUCAAUUUUGUAGGAAGUAUCAAAUUUUUGUUCACUAUCUGCUUUAUAGAGUUUGUGUAAGGACAAACUGUUGCUAUUUAAGAUUCUGAACAAUGCUAUGUAAUGGAACCACCAAACAACAGAGUCAAUUCUGUUUUUGAGAUAUUUUCUA